UCAUCUUCCAGAUCCACGAAAGAAACUACCGAUCCGAAUCAGCCAAAACCCGCCCCUUCUCACUUUUGUCUCCUUUUUUUCCCUUCUAUCGUUCUGUAAUUAGGGUUUAAUCGAUCAGUUUCAAAUCUUCUUUUCUUUUCUAAAUUCCCACCGCUCAUUGGUUCUAAGCAGUAUCAAAUCGAAGAUUUGGUAAUAUUUCCUUUCCUUAACUUUGACAGCUAGUGGGUUGAAGUAAAAAUGGUGAGAAAGAAUCAAUCUAGUUCGUCACCUAGUGAGGCAGAAGAGGGCGAAUUGUCGGAUUCUCCGGUGGAGCAUAUCGAUGGAAUCAAGGCCCAAAAUUAUGAGAAGAGAAGGAAUUUUGAGGAAGAAGAAAGAGGUAGGAGGGGUAGGAAGGACAGUCGGGAAGGUGACGAUAAGCUGCGGCAUAGAAGGGUGGAGAACGGGAAACGUAGGGAUACUGAUAGGGAGGACCAGAGAAGAAGAAGCGAGCGGGACGAUAGUGAAGAAGAAGAACGGCAGGAUAGGAGGAGGGAAGAGGAUAGGUCGAAAGGUCGAAGGAAGGAGGAGGAUGGGGACGUGAAGGAUGAUAGGAGGGAUAGAAGUAGGAGAAGGAACGAGUGCGAUGAUGGUCAGGAUAACGGGCAUAGAAGGAGGAGGGACUCUAACAAGCAUGCGUAUAGAGAUGAGGACAGAGAUAGUGACAGGAAAGCUCGGAGGAUGGAUAGGGAAAGAGGAAGGAGAAGAGACGACAAGGACGGGUAUAAAGAUGAGGACAGUGACAGUGAUAGUGAUAGGAAAGAUCGGAGGAGGGAUAGGGAAAGAGGGAGAAGAAGAGAUGAGAGGGAGAAAGAUAGCCGGAGAAGGGAUGAUGGCAGAGAGGUGGAGGGGCGGGAUAGGAAGAAAGUAGAUAGGAAUUUGACGGAGAGCGAGAUUAAUAAUGAUAGUGGGAAGGGGAAUGAAAACCCGAAGGUGGUGGUACAGAAGGAAGAGAACUUGGGAAGGAGCGGCGGAGUUUACAUUCCUCCGUAUAAGUUGGCGAGGAUGAUGAAAGAAGUGCAGGAUAAGAGUAGUGUAGAGUAUCAAAGAAUGAGUUGGGACGCUCUUAGGAAGAGUAUUAAUGGUUUGGUUAAUAAGGUUAAUGCUACAAAUAUCAAAAACAUUAUACCAGAGCUGUUUGCUGAGAACCUGAUUCGUGGCAGGGGAUUGUUUUGCCGUUCAUGUAUGAAGUCUCAGAUGGCAUCCCCGGGCUUUACUGAUGUAUUUGCUGCAUUGGUUGCAGUUGCCAAUACAAAGUUUCCUGAAGUUGGCGAGUUGUUGCUAAGGAGGAUCAUAUUACAGUUGCAAAGAGCUUACAAACGAAAUGACAAGCCCCAAUUGUUGGCAGCAGUCAAGUUUAUAGCCCAUCUGGUGAACCAGCAGGUAGUUCAUGAGCUGAUUGCUCUUGAACUCUUGACGGUCCUGCUAGAGAACCCUACAGAUGAUAGUGUGGAGGUUGCGGUGGGUUUUGUCACAGAAUGUGGCUCCAUGCUACAGGACCUCUGUCCUAGAGGGCUUCAUGGUAUCUUUGAGCGGUUUCGUGGAAUUCUUCAUGAAGGAGAAAUAGAUAAGCGUGUUCAGUUCUUGAUUGAAGGCCUCUUUGCGUUGAGAAAAGCAAAGUUUCAGGGGUAUCCGGCUGUGCGUCCAGAGUUGGACCUUGUAGAGCAGGAAGACCAACUGACUCAUGAAGUUUCACUCUCUGAUGAAAUUGAUCCUGAGAUUACCUUAGAUAUUUUCAAGGCCGAUCCCAAUUUCUUGGAAAAUGAGAAGAAAUAUGAAGAACUGAAGAAAUCAAUACUAGGUGAAGAAUCUGACGAUGAAGCUGAUUCUGAUGGUGGUUCAGAGGAUGAGGAUGAAGAUGAAGAUGAAUCUGAUGAAGAGGAAGAAGAAAAGAUGCAAAUAAAAGAUGAGACCGAGACAAAUUUGGUCAAUCUUCGAAGAACUAUCUACUUGACCAUCAUGUCUAGUGUUGAUUUUGAAGAAGCUGGUCAUAAGCUACUGAAAAUCAAACUAGAGCCUGGUCAGGAGAUGGAAUUGUGUAUUAUGUUGUUGGAGUGCUGCAGCCAGGAGAGGACUUACCUUCGAUACUAUGGACUUCUUGGCCAACGGUUUUGCAUGAUCAACAAGGUUCAUCAAGAAAACUUUGAAAAAUGUUUUGUCCAACAGUACUCUAUGAUUCAUCGACUUGAGACAAAUAAACUGCGUAAUGUGGCCAAAUUUUUUGCCCACUUGCUUGGCACUGAUGCUUUACCUUGGCACGUUUUGUCUUACAUCCGAUUAACAGAAGAGGAUACAACAUCAUCUUCCCGUAUUUUCAUUAAGAUUCUCUUCCAGGAAUUGUCUGAACACCUUGGUAUCCGCUUGCUGAAUGAGCGGCUAAAUGAUCCUACAAUGCAAGACUCCUUUGAGUCAAUUUUUCCCAAGGAUAAUCCAAAAAACACUAGGUUUUCUAUCAACUUUUUCACAUCAAUUGGUCUGGGUGGUAUCACGGAAAAUCUGCGAGAGUAUCUGAAGAACAUGCCACGCCUUAUCAUGCAACAGCAGAAGCCUGUUUCUGAAUCUGAUGAAUCAGGUAGUGCUAGUUCUGAUGAUUCAGAUUCAUCUGAAUCUGAAUCAUCCUCAAGCUCGAAGGAAAGUGAAAGUGAUAGCGGAAGUGAUGAUAGACGGAGGAAGCGUAGGAGAAGAUGAGAGAUACUUGUGAUUAACUGGUAAACAGAAGUAAUUAGAGUAAUUAUAGCCUCAUUUACUGUUAUGUUGUAAGUAUUGCAACCUGUUUUAUAUGUUUUUACUUUCAGUUAGCUUUAGAAAAUGCUAGUUUCUUUUACCUUUUUCUUGACCGAUCAGAUGGGAUGAUUCCUUGGAGUUUAAGGUUCAAAUUCCACCGUUGCCAAGUUUACGAUU